CGGGGGUUUACAAGCAUGCAGGUUUGGAAUGGCUUGAAAUCUAGUGAACGAGUCUACCUCUUUGAGUUCUACUUUGAGUCUUUGACAAAUUUUUGACAAAUUUCUUUUGAUAAUACCCAUCCUUCUCAGACAUUGAAACGUGGAAGCUCACGUUCACUCAUUUACUAAUGAUGAUUAAUAACCCCCCACGAACGUCCCGGCAGCCCAAGCUACGAUCCAGCUGCGAUGGGUGUGGCUCUGCAAAGCUCAAAUGCGAUCGAGGCCAGCCUGAAUGUGGACGAUGCGUGUCUCUUGGCAUUGCUUGUGUCUAUGGGGUCUCGCGGAAAAUGGGCAAACCACCAAGAGAAAGGCUACAGAUUCCAGCCAUGCUAGGCGGAUCUCGCACAAAAGGAGAUUACCACAGCAACGGAAAGGAGGGUAGAUCCGACGACAGUAGUUACAGCCGUCGUGCGGGUAGUUCCAUUAGUGACACUAUCUUACCGAGGACCAAUUCGAGUUCGAGUAUCAAUGAUAUACACUCACCUUGGGGGACGGUCGAGGAAUAUUCCAACAAUGCUAUGACUAGUGUUAACGUGCUGGAUGAAUUCCAUAACGACCAAUUAGGGCCAUCACUCACAAAUUUCUCAUCUUUGGAUACGAAUGAAUGGGUUUUGACGAACAUCAUUGGGGAUGAACUCACAUCCACCAAUCUAGAGACUGAGCCAUUCCCUGCAUUGGGAUGGCCAGAGCUUGAAAACUCCCCGGCUUCAACAGGACAGACAACAGGGGCUCAUACCCCAGCGGAUGACAGAAUAUAUCUAGACAGCCCCUUUAUGCAGCAUGACAACACCAAGCAUCACGACUGUUCCCGGGAAGCGUACGAAAUUAUGAAUAGUUUAUCUUCCCUGAAUAUCAGCAAAGCCCACUCCAGAACUACACCACCACCAGGCACGACAGCUGCCUCUAUAAAUUGCGUUCCACUGGAUUUUAUAUUGCACCUUAACCGCGAAGCUACCGAGCGGCUCGGUCGUUUGUUAAGAUGUUCUUGUGCCAACUACUCUCAUCUCACAUUUCUUUAUGCCUCGAUUAUCGGACGGAUUCUACUUUGGUACAGCCGUGAGGCCGGAUGCUCCAAGACAUCCUCACUGAGUCCUAUACCAAAUGCGACAAUACGAAAUGGUAUGUCACCUUCUUGCUCCUCCGCCGGGUCGAUAUGCAGGUCACCAUCGUCUUGGCCGAGCAUAGGAGCUAGCACUGCGAAUACAAGUGUCAGCGGUUCAAGCACACCAUCAGGCACGCGAAACGCAACAACAGAUCUUGCUCCUACGCAGAUGACUAUGGGCUGUUUCAGCAUUGAUGACCAUCUGGUGCAGGCCGCAUUAAGAAUUCAGUUGUUAUUAGGCGAGAUGAAAAGGGUUGGAUAUCUUAUUGACAUAUUUGCAUCCCGGAGUUCUAACUGUAUUGACGAAUCCACAUCGGGGAACGUAGAUGAUCUGUAUAAAAGCUUGGGUUCAUGGUUAGGAAAAGAGCACUUGAGAAUAGUCAAUAUGAUGCGAGUAAGAUUGAGAGAUAUCAGCAUCUAG